AUGGAAGGAAAUAAGAGAAACAAGAGGCCAUUUGAAGAGCCAAGUGACAAAAACCAUAUAAAUCUCAAAAUUAAAUCUCAGGAUGGUACAUUUAUGUACUACAAAGUUAAGCCUACUUCAAUAAUGAAGAGGAUAUUCAUGUCAUACUCUGAGAGGAAGCAAAUCCUAAAUUACAAAACAGUUCGAUUUCUCUACAAUGGCAAUCGCGUUUCACCAAGAAGUACUGUAAAUCAAGAUGAUACAAUUCUUCAUUUCAAAGUGAAUCCCAGUACAAUUAUGAAGGAUAUAUUCAUGUCAUACAGUUCAAAAAAACAAAUGAUGAACUAUAAAGUAUUUCGAUUUUUCUUUGAUGGCAAACGUCUUUCUCCAAAGAAGACCGUAAAUGAACUUGGAUUAAAAAACGGUGAUGAAAUCGAUGCUAUGAUUCAUCAAUAUGGAGGAGGAUCUGCAUGUAACUAUUAAUGAAGCAGCAUAUCACACAUGAAAAUGUUGCACUUUUCUAAUUAGGCUACUUUUAGUUAUCUUGUAAACUUGACAUAGUUUAUUUGGUCAAAUUGAUAAAUUAAG